UGUUACGUAGCUAAUGAGGCAAUACACAACAUCCUAGUGUGGAGGCAUUUAUCAGACCUGGGUGCUAGAGCCUUGGAAAUUAAAACUAAAAGUCAAAAUUAAGGAAGUAGGCUAAAUUUGUUAUCAGUUUGACAAAUAACCUUAUACGGCUUCUACACAGGGGAGGAACAACAAGACGGCUGUUUAUAAAGCCUUCUUCACUCUAACAGUUAUCUAGAUAACAAUCUCCAGUUUGAAAAUGGCCACAGAUGAGCUGUCGUCCAAGCUGAGCCGUCGGCUGCAGAUCGAGGAAGGAACCGAGGAUCCCGUUGCCGUGGACGACGCCGGACACGAAAACGGCUCGGACGAGAAGCCGAGCACGGCCAACGCGGACUCGGAGCUGGGCGCUAAGCUGAUGCGACGAGGAGAGCUGAACGAGGGGCACGGUGAGCACUGCCAGCCCAGCAUGAAGGUCUUCAACCCCUACACCGAGUUCAAGGAGUUCUCCCGAAAGCAGAUCAAAGACAUGGAGAAGAUGUUCAAAAUGUAUGAUGCUGGGAAAGACAAUUUCAUUGACCUGAUGGAGCUGAAGCUGAUGAUGGAGAAGCUCGGUGCUCCACAGACACACAUCGGCUUGAAGAACAUGAUAAAGGAGGUGGAUGAGGACCUUGACAACAAACUCAGCUUCAGAGAGUUCCUGCUGAUUUUCAGGAAGGCAGCAGCGGGAGAGCUGUCAGAGGACAGCGGCCUCAGUGUCCUUGCUCGCCUCUCUGAAAUCGAUGUCUCAACAGAGGGGGUCAAAGGAGCCAAGACCUUCUUUGAAGCUAAAGUCCAGGCCAUCAAUGAGUCCAACCGGUUUGAAGCUGAGAUCCGCCAAGAGCAAGAGGCCAAGAAGAAGCAGGCUGAGGAGCAGAAACAGAGACGAGCCGCUUUCAAAGAACUGCAGUCAGCUUUCAAGUGAUUGCCUCUCUUACUCAUCAUCUCAGGACCUUUCACUCUCUGUGCUGUGCUAAAGAUUUUGUUAAUGAGUGUGUUUGAAUGCUCCAUGUAUGUCAGACAGUGGUCAGUCCUGAGUCCACCACAGGCUCAAAGCCCCCACACAAGCUUAUCUCUAGUCCACGAUACUGUGAACUAGAUAUAUUAUAAAAGUCAGCACUGUCGAUGCUUAUGCAAAUAAUAUAUAAAGAAUCAAUGAUUCAUCUGUAUAUUUAGCUCUACAGCUCACACCCUCAGACAUUAAAAAUUAAAGUGCAGAGCUUAAUGAAUGAUUCCUACAAUAUCUGUCAUUAGCCUCACAAAUAUCAACAUCAAAAACAAUUUUUACCCCGAAAUCAACUCUUUGGCCCACUGUGCAGGCACAGUGAGGGUCCCGAUGCAGCAAAAAUGUCUGAAAUGAUCAUUUUCCAGGGGAGUAAAAUCCUCAUAUUAUAAUAAACUGCUGUUAAUCAGUCUGAACACCCAGGUACCUGCUGUGUUUGGAUCUUAAAUCUCUAGUUCCUAGUGUCUGCUUGAUUUAGUUCUAUUUGAUUGGCUUCACUUGUUCCAGAACUUAUAUUUAAUCUAUGUUAACACUUUGCAGUCAUAUAAUCCACCUGUCACACAAAAUUCAGUUCAUGUUAAGUGUUGCUGAGCUCCACAUGUUCACUGUUAGCUGUGUAUUUUUGUACAGUGGGGUUGGGUGGGUAUUGUUGGUGGUGGUCAUUCUUGAGCAUCAUAGGACCCCUGAUGUACAGACAGCUUUAGAAUUCUUUUAGAAACAUGGGUCAUUCUGUUCCGGUUCAUUCCGUUUUGGACAUUACUCCUAUCAGCUCUGUCUACAUUUUAUUCACCAGCUUCAUGAAUGAGAUUAGGGGGGUAUAGAGCCUUUCGCUGUGGAGUCAUUCCAAUCACAAGAGCCAUCAGACAAUUUGAAACAAUGUCCUUGUGGUCUAGUAACUACUUCCUGGUUCAUGUGUAUUCACUUUAGUUUUCAUUUUCAGAUCAAUGGUUUUAGUGCAGCCACGCCUUUCCUCUGCUGUUUCUGUGCAAGACUGGCGACCUGUUCAGGGUGUAACCCACCUCUUGCUCAGAGCUGGCUGGGAUUGGCUCUAGGCCCCCCUGUUAUAGAUAAUAAAUGGAUGGUUUAGCGGUUUGGUUCGUGAGUAAAAUGUUUCCACUCCUGAUAGGAAUGAUAGCCAAACUAUGCAAACAAGGCCCAGGCUUUUUGUUUAAGAGAUGUUCUCAGUCUCUGCUCUCUCACCAGGAUGAACCUGAACACAGAAUAUUACCUGUGCCAUUAUUGCAGUUGCACGAGUGCCACUUGGUUUUGAAAAAAAAAAAAAAAAAGAGACUCAUUCCCUGUGCCCCUUACUUGUUGUUUAGAUCAAGCUCGUGGGCCUUGUGUAUUCUCUGUAUUCAGGUGAAUCUUUUUAGCUACGAGAUUUGCACAUGUUGUUUUAAUCAAGAGAUAGUAGGUUUAACCUUGAUGUAAUUGUUAAGUUUAAUUGAACAUUAUCUUCCUGUCUUUUUUGGUGUUAAUCCUGAAGAUCUUUUGGUGGCUCAUGCUCAUGGAUGCACAGUACUAAUUAACCCUAAGCAUAUCAGCAUAAUUACUGUCACACUGUACAUUAUACAGACAAUGGACUGCCAUUUAAUUGAAAGAGAAUCCAACACUAGCAUGUUAUGUUUUCAACAAAAACGCAUCUUUCACAAAUAUAUGGGACUACUAAACCUGUUAGUCACUCCCUGGUAUGGCUGUCAUGUGUUCAAAAAUCAACUUCAAACAAAUACAAACAAGUAUUUAUAAAUUACAAACAAAUAAUUAGGUUGAAUUGAUUGGAAUGUAACCAAUGGAUUCCUCCAUUGAUUCGCUCACUAGCGACAAGCUAACAGGACAGCUCAUGUUUAUUAUCAUGUAAAGAAGAUGGAGCAAACAGCCUCACCUUCUCAACAAUGAUUCAUUCUCUGGUGUCAUGUCACAUACUUCCUUGCAUGAUUUAGUCUUGUAAUGACUUCAGUGUGGCCCACUGGUUUCCUCCAUUUUGUGUUAACAAAGAGAACAAGAGAUUGCCUCAGCAGCAGGUCAGAGUGACUGUGCAUUUUCUGCCUGAACUACCUACUUGUUAGCUGUAGAGUUAAUGGACCAAUGCACAUGUACAUACAUGUGCAAUUUCCUGUCAGUAUUUAUGAAAAACUGCAAGUGUAGGGCAGGAUGAUAACUAAAUAUUACUGGUUAUUGAUUUUAAGUGGUGUCACAAUUGUAAGCAAUUGAUCAGAUUGUUGUCUGUUGUCCAAAUAAGCGAGUCCAAGCAACUUUUCUUAUUGUAGGACAUAUCAUGUAUCAGAAAAAUAUUCUUAUGGAUGCCGUAAUAUGGUAUAUACAAUCAUAUGACCUUGCCCUACAUGUACUUAAAAUGCUUUAUAAAACACAUGUAUAUUGAAUGGGUCAAAUAUUACAUUUCAUUUGAUCUUCAGGAUUUUCACUUUAUAUAAUCUAAUUCUAGUUCUUUAAUAUUUGUAUCACGGCACAGAGAAAUUCAAAUUCUUUUAUAGGACACAUUUGUUAUCUUAAAUCUUUGCUUUUGAGCCUCUUUGUAUGAGAGAGAAACUUUUGGUUAGUGCAGUAUGAAAUAAUAUGCAAGAUCCCAUUACUGACACAGCAUUGUCUGCUGACGCAGGCCAGGACUUUAAAAGCACAUUGUAAAGUGUUCAUAACGAAUAAUCAAACAAAUAUUUCUUCACAGUAUGAAAAAUUCUCAGUGUGUGUCCUGGCGUGUAUCGUUUAUACAAUCAGGGUCAGUGGUUUUUGGUUUUGACCAAUUUUCACAGAAAAUCCAUCCCCAAAUAACGUGUUGUAACAAAACUGCAAAUUUACCUGUAAUAUUUUAAUGAUUUUAAUUUUCUUUUGUUCUUUUGGGGAAAAAAACAAGAGCCAUAUUUUUAUAUGUAAAUCUUUCCUUGCUGUGUUUCCUUGGUGGUUCUCUGUUGAUCCUGGUCCAGGAUUAUGCCAACACUGUAUUAUGUAGAGGAGGUGCAACAGGAAACAAAAGUAUUAUUUAUUUGAAACUUAAUUCCAUUACCUUAUUACUGACUUGGUCAUGAUACAGUGUUUCCAUGAAUGACAUGAAUUGUCUCCCUAACACUUCAUUCCUUAAUGUCCUUAUUGUUACCACAAUGGUGCCAAAUGUUUAAAACUACUGUCAUUAUGUCCAGCAACAAAAAUGUGAAUGGAAAUGAUAUCACCAAUAAUCAGGAGGAAACAUAGUGCAGUACGGCUGAUGUCAGUGUUUGCUUUUCAUUUUGAUCUUGUCACACAUUCCGUCAUACUCAUUCAUACAUUCUUUCAUCGUGUCGUGGAUAUUAUCUUCUGUUGUGAUUCCUUCUUUGUCACUGAGAGACAUGUAUCCACUUGGUCUGAGAGUUGCUAUGAAAAAUCAAGGACUUGACUUUAAAUCUGCUCCCUGAUUUUGUUGCUGUGCUCUCCUAGCUCGCUGCUGAUGUUCAGAAACUCAACUGUGAACUGUGUUCGAUGUGAAAACUUCAAAUAUUGAGCUAGGAGGGAAUGCGUGGUCUCAUUUGGUGUAACAGUAUCAGUAUAACAUUAUCAUUACACGAGGGGUGAUCAAUAAGUUGGUCAUAAGUGACCUAAAGAAGAAGGAGAUGAGUUUUCCAGCUCGGGUUACAUGAUGUAGGUGCAGUUUAGCUCUUUGAAUGAUUCUGCAGAAAGUUUGAAGUUAAUAACUUCUGUGGUUUUUCUGUUUCUGGUAAUUGAAAAUUGGAAGUCAGCUCUGGCUGAGAAAAUGUACACAUCAACCUUUGUGCAGUCAUCUGCUACCUCAGUCUCAGUUUUUCUAAGAUUGUCCCCUUCUAUCUUAGGCUACGAACUUAUCAGUCACCCCUCAUAACAUUAUCAGGGAGGCCGUUUUUAACUAAUAUGAUACAUUUUCCUUCUAUGGUUUGAUUUUAUUUUCUAUUUCCUCUUUUUUUGUUAGUAUGUACAGUUUUACUGACUUAUAUGCUGAUAACAAAUGAGAAAAUGCUCUAAUACAUCUUUAUUUUGAUUUUCAAUAAAAUGGACGCUUUUGUCGCA